GACUGCAAAGCCCGGCAUCCCUCGCGGCAGAGGCCCUCUACACACAACAAAUCCCGGCAUGCUCCUGAGUGGCCCGAGGUGGAGGGUUCUAGAAGGCGUGACGUGGGGUCGAGAGCGGGCUCGGAGGCGGGCGCCUUUCGGCAGUCGCUGUGGCUGCAGCUGCCAGGCCUGGGGACACGGGCGGCCGAGGCCGCGGUCACAGCCUCCUGGUGUCACCGGCUAUGGCUGCGCUCGGCCGGCCCUUCAGCGGCCUCCCCCUGAGCAGCAGCUCGGACUUCCUGCAGCCGCCGCCGCCUGCCUUCCCCGGCCGGGCCUUCCCGCCGGGGGCGGACGGCGCCGAGCUGGCCCCGCGGCUGGGACCCCGCGUCGUCCCCAGCAACCCCGGCGGGAGUGCGGCGCGCGGACGUGUUUCUGUUCACUGUAAAAAGAAACACAAGCGAGAGGAGGAGGAUGAUGAGUAAGUUUCAGUGGCUGUUUAUUCACCAUUAAUUGAACAUGUUACAAAGUACUUGUUUAAGUGAAAAGGUGAAAUAUUAGAUGCGUGUCUCUAGAAAGAGACAUAGGAAUUAGUAACAGUAUUUGUCUUUUAGAGGAAGUAACAGUGGCAGGCAGACAGGUCAGAGGGAAACUUUGCUCGUUAAGUUGUAAUGUUUGGAUUAUGAACCGUUAAUAGUACAUGCACAAAGUAGAAUAAUUUAAAGGAUAUGUAUUGAAAAGUCUUUUUUUUUCUUUGAGUCAGGGACUCUGCCACCCAAGCUGGAGUGCAGUUGUGUGAUCACAGCUGACU